GGUAAGGCUAUUGGUGCAGAUGCAGAGACAGUUGUCGACGCCCCCUCUCUGUCUGCAUAAGGUCUGGAUGCAAAUGUGUGAAAAGCCCAGUGACCUGAGAUCUCUGCAGGGAGGAGGCUGAGGUGAUGUCUGAUCUGACCUGAGUCAUGAUGGACUGCUGUCCUCUGAAGUCGCUGCCGCUGCUCCUGCUGCUCCUCAAGUCCACCAGCAUCACAUGGCUGCAAGGAGAUCCAGCUAAAGUGGAGGAGUAUACAUGCAUCAACGAUUAUCUGUUCACUAUCAACUGUUCUGUGAGCAUUAAACAUCCAGUCAACACUUUGGUUGGUAAUCAAUCCUUCUGGCUCACAAUCACGGAACUCUCUGAUGGAGCGAGGCAAAGGUGUCAGCUGACAAACACCACGGCCGGUUUCUUCUGUUCCGUUAGUAAAGCCGAUAAAAGCAACCCCUUGGAUAUAUUUUCAGACAUGCAUGUAUAUAACAUAUCUUUUUGUCAAAGACAAGAUCAUGGCCCUGAAGUCUGUCAAUUACUGGAGGAAGACUACCAACCUAUGGAUCACAUUAAACCAAAUGCCCCAUGCUGCCUCACGGUUAGCCACAACUCAAGCCGACACAUUUUCACCUGGAAAAGCACCUAUGAGAAAUACAGCUCUGACACAGUCCUGCCAGAGGACCUGACCUACCAGCUGCUGCUCUACAGAACAGGAGACAAACACGGGAACUGGAGUCAUGAAAUUAGCACACAGAGCAUAACACAUUGCUCUGUGGAAGAUCAGAAUUUUGAGCCAGACACAGAGUAUGCUGCAAUCGUGCGUUCAGGCCCAGAUAUGGAUUACUUUGAAGGCCAAUGGAGCGAGUGGUCCUCGAAGGUUCUCUGGAGGACAGUUAAAGCCGCUCCACUAAAUGGAUUCACCUUCAAUCUGCCCUUGAUGUUCAUCAUUAUCUCUGCUGUGGUUUUAAUUCUGAUGGUGGGCUACGGUUCUGCCAGAAAGUGGAGGCGUGGUACUUUCAUCCCAACACCUGCUCCUUAUUUCCAAUCUUUGUAUAAAGACUGCCAGGGGGAUUUUAAGAGUUGGGUCGUUACACAAGAAAACACAGCAGACAUACUGAAAGCAGAAGAAGCCCUCCAAAUCGACACCCUGAUAGAGUACGUGGAGGGGCAGGAGUAUCCAGCCACGUUCCCCCUGCAGCUCGUGGAGAACAGAGCUUACGGCAACAUCCAAUCAUCCCCUGUGGACAGCGACCUUCUCAGCAUGCAGUACUCAGACGGCAGCACCAUUGCCCAGAGGAGGUCAAUAAGGAGUCUUCCUGGGUGCUGCCAGUCAUGCAGUCCUCUUCAGGACUCUGGCUGCUGGCUCUGCAGUGACACAUCCCUGGAGAAGGAGCCUUCCUGGUACUGCAACGAGUACUGCACCCUGGGUUUCCUCCAGGAGGCCGGCUGUGUCACAGCAGGACACCAUGGAGGGCUGAAAACCAACCCCAACAUCUCAGAAAUGAUUGAUUCAGACGCUGUAAUAGAAGCAUAAAGCUCAUAUUUUUAUAUAAAGUUGGUGGAAGUUAAUAUGGAGCGCUUCCUCUAACUUUGUCAGGUUAUACGAUACACAUUCAGCCCACAUGAGGCAAUACUUCUUAAAGCCGUCUUCCCUGAGGUUGCAUUUGGAGGCCUUUGUUGAUGAAUGCUCUCCUUGACCAGCCUGUAACCUUUGAUGAACAUAUUUUGGUAGUCCAUCCUCUUUAUGCUGUACAGAACAUUUAGAGAAAAGCUGGCUUUAAAUACCCAUUUCAAAAACUUUCUCCUUGGCCUGUCUGCUGCCCUCCUUGGUCUUUAUAAUUCUGGUUGUUUUCCAAAUAAACAGCUGUACUAUAUAUCUGGCUGAUAUUAGAGAUGUUUUCCUGCAUCCGCAUUGUCAGUAUGGUUCGUAUAUUCAUCGAUUUGUUAGUGCUUUCAGAAGCUUGACAUCUCAUGAAGCUGUUCCAUUUGGCAUCCAUUGUGCCUUUCUUUGAGAAGUGUAACAUUUGUGUAAUUUUACGAUGUAAAUAUUGUACUAACAUCUGCAGCAUAUUGAGGAUCAGUUAAGAUGGACAUCAACAUAAUUGGUUUUGGCCUAUAAAAGAAAACUUGUACUAAUCAAAGGUCUGAGGGAGCUUCACUUAUACAUGGAUGAGGGUGAUUCGAUUAAAGGGGAACUCAUUUUGUUUCAUUUACAAAAACGUUCAUCUUCAA